UUAUUGAUCUUCUAUAGGCUUUGAGAAAUUGGAUGUUCUAUGCAAAGUUUAUCAGCCUUAACAAAGAAGGCACCAUUGAAUUCUACAUGUAUCAUGUUCUAUGGAGCAUACCCACACCGGCAUAUCCGGAGCCAUAUGUGACUGUCAGCGUGUUCUUCUGCAUCGCGGCGAGUUGCGUGCAGCCGCCGCACUUUCCAGUCGACGUGACAUAUGUAUUCGAGGGACAUCAGUUUGUGCAUCGGUUAGAUGUAGUUUUUCAACCAAAGUGGCUUUAUGACAUUCUCGACAUGAAGACUAUGCUGUUCAAAACUUUCACAUUUUAAAAUAUCUAUUCCUCUUAAUAUUUUUUUUU